AUGGAAGACAGAGUCACUCCAGAAGAGGAAUACUUGACGGACUGGGCAUUUUCUGCACAGGGAAUUGCAUAUGAAACUGGGUGGGAUGCACGACGAGUGAAGAAUCAAGUCAUCAGGAUCCAAAAACACACUUCCUUCAGUACGAAUGACUCUGUGGGUGCAUUUCAAAAUCUAGACUUGGACGCAGUUGAUGAACCAUGGACCGACGAGGAGCUCGACACAGAGAACGCGCCACCUGAUGAGCUUGUCCUUAUCGUUGGCCAUUGCAUGCCCUGUAAUGUCAGGGAUUGCGUUGAAGAGUUACGUUCGAAGUGGCCUAUCGCACCAAGUGUCGAUGAGUUCGAUGAGGGACGACAUAAGCAGGUCAGACACAGAAGUACUGGAUUAGUCGUUUUCUGGCUUGCAGAUGCCGGGAGAUCUCAAACCCGGCUAUUCACACUCAAAAACAGGAAGGGCUCUCUUGGCACAAUAUCGCCCUUGGCAAAUUUUCAAAAAAAUGUGGAUAAAUUUGUGUUCUACACGGAAUUCAUCGUCCAUCCGAACACCAACGCCAAGACGCAAGCCCCUCUGAUCAAGGAAACGAUCCGGCAAGCUGCGCGAGCUGCAAAAGCUCGUCUCGAACUUGAUGAGCCGCAGUCAGUCCUCAAUGCCUCAGCAUUAGCACCAAAGGAUCUCAACGAUCCACAAAUCAAGGCAAAGGACUCAUCACUGUCUUGGGUCCAAACGGCUAUAGCUGCAUAUAAAGAUACCAAAUCCUUUAGUGCACUGCAGCAGAUUCAUUCCGCUGUCCAGUUUGCAAAAGGCUCGCCUGAUACACGGACAGGUUUUAAUGGAAACACGGCCAGUCACCUGAGAGUCAUUCGGCAACUGGGGCAAAGCAGCAUGACUCUAGACGAGGCGAUUACAUUCGUCGAUUCAUAUAAGAUCUUAUGGCCGGAGUCAGUCUCUGACUUCAGUGAGAGUAUACUCUUACCCGAGAAGGUUGUCCAGCUCAACAAUGGUUUAGCUGCGGGUGCUCUUCAUGACAUUGUUCCUACUUCUCCAAGAGUCGAUGACUCGUUGUAUCGUGCAUUCAUUGGACUGUUUUGUGGCGUCGCUUCGGCAGAUCAUGAUCCGGCUGAUGUAAACCAACUCAUUGUCUCCGCAUAUCACAUGACGAAGAUGGUGGUGGGUUGCUCAUGCAAUAACGUCGAUAUAAAGGUUCCUAAGACGGCCGAUAUGCCAGUCUUGCUAAUCACCAACUUCAUGUCUCUGCUCAAGUCGCACAUGCAGAGUCUUGAUGAUACUGUCAGCAAGCUCCGUGGCGAUUUUCAGGGUAACCUACAAGGGGAGUCACUCUCCAUCCGCGAGUUAACCCGCGACCUAGCAAACACCGCCGAUAUUAACAUUGCGAAAGACAAUGUGCGCUGGAUUUUGCAGGGCAUGGCCGCUCGGCCUAUUGCUCUUUUCUUGGAGCUCCGGAACAAGUACGCCAGAGAACACGAUCAACUCUUCGGCUUGUUGAAGGACUAUGGACGAGGUUCAAAUUAG